UUGGCCGGUAGUCGGUUCAGUAUCAUCGCCACGUUACCAUCAUGCGCAACGUAUCCGCUGUCGUCGCCGCCGCCUUCCUGCUGCUGUUCAUCGUGACACUCCUGCUUCCGACUGCCGAUGCUGCCAGCGAACCCGUGUGCACCUAUCGCAACUCGGAGGAUGAGACCAUAUUCCUCAAGUAUCUGCCGCUCCUGAAGCGUGGCGAGGACUAUGUGGACUUUGGCAAGGAGGGCAAGUGCCUGAAGCGGGCCAUCUGCACGGACACCUUCAAGACCAUUGUGGAGAGCUGCGCCCAGCACAAGAUCACCUGUGCCAACAAGGAUCGCUUUACUGGAGUCUUUCCCGGCUGCUGCCUCAAGUGUCCUUAAAUUCAAUAUUGUCCAGGUUUAAUUCUUCAAAUAAAGGUAAUAAAUUACUCAAUCCGA